AUCAAGUCAUUCAAGCAAGUCGGGCUUCAAGCAAGAGUGUUGGCAAGUCGUAUAGCUGCUACUUAGGAAAUAUCAUCCGACUUUCGCGUGUUUCCCCUUUUUCGGUGUCGAGUUUGAUUGUGUGGUGCUAAAAGCAAAAGUAAAUAACUUUCGCGCUUCUUGGAAGAAGGUGCCGAUUCGUUUCGAAGGUUGAAGCCGUUCAAGUGUUUUUGGGAAGGAAAGUGUUUCUUAAGAAAAAAAAAACAAACUUUAAAUUCAAAGGACUUCGUUGGUGUGCUACAACACGUGCUAAUAGACUGUUGUGCUGAAUAAAAAAACGUUGGAUUACGCAAUUGGUGUGCAGUUGGAAUCAGCAAUUCAGAAGAUGGUGAUAGCUACUGUUGAACCCGUUCCGGAGCCGCAAAGCCUGAAGGGUGGGGAUGGGAGUGGGGUGCAGGCGGCCUCCGUUGAAGUGGAUUACAGCAUGGAGUGUGCCCCAAUUGGAGCCACGGUGAAGCGGGCGCUUCGAUUGGCCAACAUCGAACAGCGCCUGGUGCUUGGGCUGUCGGAAGCCGUGAGCGCCCUAGCCAAAACCCCGGAGGAGUAUCUGUUCUGCUUCAUGGCCGCGGGUGACAGCGCCACCCACCACAUGCACGAGGUGCUGCUGCAGGCGUUCUGUUUCGAGCAUGAUAUUUACAUAAUUAAGGUUGACAGUGCGGAAAAAUUGAGCCGCCUUCUGGGCACCACCGGAUGUCACCAGUCCUGUGCGUUGAUCCAGAAAUCAUGGUCCCCAGACCACCAGACGGAGAUUCUGUCCAAGGUCGAAGACCAGCUGGUCGACUACUGCGAGGAGCACUGGGAAGAUCCAGUUAAGCCAGUCAUUAAGCUACCAGAAAAGUAAAACCACGUGGUCCCCCCGGACCUUACCCAAGGUUUGGGGAAAUUUAAUCAACCUGGAAUCGUGAUUAUGAAAACAAACAUUUUUCCUCUGCCACUACGGGCAAUUCAUCACCCCCACAAGUAAAACAACAGCAACAAAGAUUGUUUUACCGGGAUCAGCCCAUCUCGUGAGCAAACCAGAGAAAAAACCUGUUUUCGCCAUACCGGCUCACGUGAAUGCAGUCGUCGGGGUUUUCCAACGCGCAGGGGAUUUCUCUCAAUGAACUUCUGUCCUCAAGUAAAAGGGCUAACUACUGAAAGGCCCCGACUUAAACUAUCAACUCACUCAGUGGGGGGACAGAAAAAUCCCACCAGACAGAGAAGAGAUGUGCUAAGUAUUGCAAUUUUCCCGCUGCCGCAAGAAAUUCCUCUAAAUAGCAAAAACCUUUAUGUAUUCAAAUUAGCCAACUAUUUAGUGCGCCUCUAAAGAAAGAGAGAGCGAAGAAUCUAAUUAGUACGACCACAGACAGACUGUCGUCGUACUUAGUUUAGUUGUUAGUUAAAUCAAUUUGUUCUAACGUAUAAGUGUUAAUAAGAUUGUGGCGAGGGUGGUAGGAUUGACGCGCUAAAUUGCUUGUGUCGCGCGAGGAUUGAGCAAACACAAGUGGCUGCCAGCGCUGAUUGCGUGAUUGAGUUUGAAGAGUGAGAUUAUCUGCCUAUCUACCUACUGUAACAAUUGAAAAAGAAAAACGAAUAGUGUUCAAGUAGAAAGUUGUUAAGUGGAAUUCUAUUGAAAGUACUCAAAGAUAAAAAUAUACUUGAAA